UUACUGACACGCCGAAGGCGAACGGUAUCGGCAGUCUAUUUCUCGGCUGUUGGUCUUUGCUGCGUUGCCCCCUAGCAUCUGCAGCUCCAGGUCCGGCUUCAUAGGCGUGUAGAUGUUUGGGCCAAAGCUCGGGACCACACGAAGCCCGCUUCUCCCCGCCACAGGCCUUUUCUCGCGCCCCAUUUUCCUUCCGGGGCGGUGUCGGCCGCUGGGAAGCUCUCCAGCCGAGGUUUCCCCCUUUCUUGUGCUCUCUUGACGCGGUUCCGCCUGGAAAGCCGUGUGUUCUGUACUAUUUUUCAUCUUUCCUGAGUGUGAACAGGGAGCGCCUCCCCCGGGGUCCUGGGCGGUGGUGCAGCCAUUUGUAGAAGAAUUAAAAGUUCUCCCGAGAUCCGCUCUGAGAACACACCUGCCUCAUGGGAGUCCAGGGGCUCUGGAAGCUGCUGGAGUGCUCCGGGAGGCAGGUCAGCCCGGAGACGCUGGAGGGGAAGAUCCUUGCUGUUGAUAUUAGCAUUUGGUUAAACCAAGCACUUAAAGGAGUCCGGGACCGUCAUGGGAAUACAAUAGAAAAUGCUCAUCUUCUCACUUUGUUUCAUCGGCUUUGCAAACUCUUAUUUUUUCGAAUUCGUCCUAUUUUUGUGUUUGAUGGGGAUGCUCCACUACUGAAGAAACAGACUUUGGCUAAGAGAAGGCUGAGAAAGGAUUCUGCAUCCAGUGACUCCCGAAAAACUACAGAGAAGCUUUUGAAAACAUUUUUGAAAAGACAAGCUAUCAAAACUGCCUUCCGAAGCAAAAGAGAUGAAGCACUGCCCAGUCUCACGCAGGUUCCAAGAGAUGACAUCUACGCUUUGCCUCCUUUACAAGAGGAAGAGAAACAUAGUUCAGAAGAGGAAGAUGAAAAAGAAUGGCAAGAAAGAAUGAAUCAAAAACAAGCAUUACAGGAAGAGUUCUUUCAUAAUCCUCAAGCAAUAGAUAUUGAGUCUGAGGACUUCAGCAGCCUGCCCCCUGAAAUAAAGCAUGAAAUCUUAUCUGAUAUGAAAGAAUUUACCAAGAGAAGAAGAACGUUAUUUGAAGCAAUGCCAGAGGAGUCCAAUGACUUUUCACAAUACCAACUCAAAGGCUUGCUUAAAAAAAACUAUCUAAACCUGCACAUAGAACAGGUCCAAAAAGAAAUGAAUCAGCAACAUUCAGGACAAAUCCAAAGGCAAUAUGAAGAUGAAGGGGGCUUUUUGAAGGAGGUAGAGUCAAGGAGAGUGGUCUCUGAAGACACUUCACAUUACAUCUUGAUAAAAGGUAUUCAAGCUAAGAAAGUUGAAGGAAUGGAUUCAGAAUCUCUUCCUUCUUCCAGCAAAAUGCACAGCAUGUCUUUUGAUAUGAAGUCACCUCCAUGUGAAAAAGUGAAGGCAGAGGAAGAGGCUGGUGCCGCCCCACCUUCUCCUAGAACUUUGCUGGCUAUGCAAGCUGCCCUGCUGGGGAGCAGCUCAGAAGAGGAGAGUGAGGAGGGAAGGCAGCAUGGGGGCAGGAGUGCAGGUGCAGGCUCGCUGUCCCCAAGGACUCUCUGUGCCAUUCAGAGAGCUCUCGGUGAUGAUGAAGAUGUGAAGGUGCCUGCAGAGGACACCGUGCAGUCAGGAGGGCCAGGAGCCACCAGACUGCUUCUGGACAGUUCCGUUGAGGGCAAGGAUGGACUUACAGUGAGCAAUGGAAAAGGAGUGCUGUUUACUCCCGUGCUGGCUUCUGCCAGUGUGAAUUCUGCGGAGGAGUGUGCUGCCAGCACUCCUGACGAGAGAGGGCUGACAGACUCGGCUCCUUUACUGAGUACCAUCUUUCGUCAGGGUGGUAACUCUGAUGUCCCAAAGGAACAAACAUCGUUUAUUCAUGUGGCAGAUGAAGCCUUUCAGACAGACAAUGAAUCUGUCAUUAAAGGUGGAAAAGACCCACUUUCCUCAGAAAGUACGGUGGUUAUACCCAGGGAUGAGCCUGGGCUGGCGGGUGGAAGGCGCGUGACACAGGCACCGCCAACAAGUGCGAGUUCUGUGUCCAGGGCUGAAACAUGUACCACAGUGCUUGAGCCACAAGAAGACGUUUGCUGGCCCGAGAGUAAAUACGCUUCCUCUGAUCUUUCAAGUGAUGAUGAAACAGAAUGUGAACAAAAUUCUGCUUCUGAAGUCAUUGAUACUGUCAGUUUGCAAGAAAUGAGUAACAUAGUAGGUGUCCCUUCAGAGGCAGGAGGUGACUUAGAAAAUGUGGUAUCAUCUAAUGCUAAAGAGCACAAGAAUUUCCUAAAUACCAUCCAAGAACAGGAGAUGAUUGAGUCUGCAGGCCAGGAUUUAAUGUUGGUUCCAAAGUCCAUAGAACCAAUGGACAUCAACUCCGAAGAAAGUGAAUCUGAUGGGAGUUUCAUUGAAGUGCAGAGUGUGUUUAGUGAUGAUGAACUUCAAGCUGAAUUGCAUGAAGCUUCCAGAUCUCCUUCUGAACAAGAUGAAGAGGAACAGAUAGGAAUUAGGGAGGAAGAAGCCACUGCUGACACCAGGAGCCUCCCACAGGACAACUCUGAAAGCCAGGACUUAGAUGUUGAGGCACGGGAAGAAGCUGAAAAAGAUGCAGAUGAUUCGUUCAACGAAUGGGAAGAUAUUAAUUUGGAGGAGCUGGAAACUCUGGAGAACAACCUUUUAGCAGAACAGAAUUCCCUAAAAGCUCAACAACAGCAGCAAGAACGGAUUGCUGCUACUGUAACCGGGCAGAUGUGCCUGGAAAGCCAGGAGCUCCUGCGGCUGUUCGGCAUUCCCUACGUCCAGGCUCCUAUGGAGGCAGAGGCGCAGUGUGCCAUCCUAGACCUGACCGACCAGACUUGUGGAACGAUCACUGAUGACAGUGAUAUCUGGCUGUUUGGAGCACGACAUGUGUAUAAAAACUUCUUUAAUAAAAACAAGUUUGUAGAAUAUUACCAAUAUGUGGACUUUCACAACCAAUUAGGAUUGGACCGGAACAAAUUAAUAAACUUGGCCUAUUUGCUUGGAAGUGACUAUACUGAGGGAAUACCAACCGUAGGUUGUGUAACAGCCAUGGAAAUUCUCAAUGAAUUCCCUGGACAUGGCCUGGAACCUCUCCUAAAAUUCUCAGAGUGGUGGAAUGGAGCGCAAAAAAAUACGAAGAUAAGACCUAAUCCCCAUGACACCAAAGUGAAAAAAAAAUUACGGAAGUUGCAGCUCACACCUGGUUUUCCUAACCCAGCUGUUGCAGAUGCUUACCUCAAACCCGUGGUGGAUGACUCCAAGGGAUCGUUUCUGUGGGGGAAACCUGACCUUGACAAAAUUAGAGAGUUUUGUCAGCGAUAUUUUGGCUGGAACAGGACGAAGACAGAUGAGUAUCUGUUUCCAGUAUUAAAGCAGCUCAGUGCUCAGCAGACACAGCUCCGAAUCGAUUCUUUCUUUAGAGUGGCUCAACAGGAGAAACAAGAUGCUAAUAAACGUAUUAAGAGCCAGAGACUAAACAGAGCUGUGACGUGUAUGCUAAGGAAAGAGAGAGAAGAAGCAGCCAGUGAAAUAGAAGCAGUUUCUGUUGCUAUGGAGAAAGAAUUUGAGCUACUUGGUAAGGCAAAAGGAAAAACCCAGAAGAAAAGCAUAGCAAAUAAAUUAAAAGAGUCAUCAAGCCUGAAAAGAAAGAGGUUUUCAGAUUCCAAACGAGAGAAUAAGUGUGGCGGAUUUUUGGGGGAGGCCUACCUCUCAGAAUCCUCUGAUGCAUCUUCAAGUGAGGAUGCUGAAGGUUUAUCUUUAAUGAACAUUCAAAGGAGAAAAGCAGAAAAAGAGUCAAAAAUCAGCUCUCCAGAUUUGCAAGAGCUCUCCAUGCAAGAGACUCAGGUAAAGGAUGGAGGUGUGACUACGGGCAGCUCUAGUGACGAUGAAGGAGAGAAAGCAAAGACCGUCCUCGUGACGGCCAGAUCUGUGUUUGGGAAGGGAAGAGGGAAACUGAGAAGUGCAAGGGGAAGGAGAAGGAAAACCUAAUUUAAAAAAUAUGUAUUCUCUAUAAUUAUAUAUAGACAAUAUAAAUAUGCAUUCUCUAAAUGUACAUUUUGUAAUGAAUUUGUUAUAAAGACAUAAUAAACUUAAAUGUAUUUGCACAG